CCUCUCGCGAUGUCGCUGCGGGCCCUGCGAGAGCCGGCAGCGGGCGCUGCCGGUUGCUAAGGGCCGCCGCCGCCGCAAGAUGUCUCAAUUUACAAGUGAAGAUGAAGCUCUGUUGCAGUCUAUGCUUAGACAGUUGCUGCAAAGCGUGAAGGAAAAAAUCACUGGAGCCCCGUCAGUGGAAUGUGCAGAAGAGAUCCUCUUGCAUUUGGAGGAAACUGAUGAAAACUUCCACAACUAUGAAUUUGUGAAAUACCUUAGACAAUAUAUAAAUAAUACUCUGGGCUCUGUGAUUGAAGAAGAAACAGAAAAAUGUACUGCUGCUCAAACUCAAGGUGAAGUAUCUGGCUAUGACACUUUUGUCCAACAUGUUACUAAGAAGACUCGUGAAUCAAAAGAAUACAGAGAAAUGAUGCAUGCCUUGAAGAACAUCAUGAUGGUUGUGGUAGAGUCUUUAAUUAAUAAGUUUGAAGAAGAUCAAAUGCGUAAUAAGGAGAUGGAUAGUAAAACAAAGAAAGAAUGUCAGAGUGGCUAUUAUACAGACAACUGUUCUGACAGUGACUCUUCGUUCAAUCAAAGUUAUACAUUCAUGAGUCAAGAACAAUUGCAGCUGCUUGUAGAAAGACUUGACCCUAUUCAGCCUAAGGAAGUUCGGCAAGAAGCAUUGCAGACACUAUGCUUUGCCCCUCCCUCGAAUGUACUCAACUCUGCGGGUUGGCCAAAUCUGCGUAAGCAUCUAACGAUGUCUCUAUCAGAUCCUGAUGCAACAUUCAGUGAGAAAAUUCUUAGGUUUUAUGCAAGAACAUUUUCUUCAUCCCCAUUUAAUAUGACAAGAGAAGUCUAUACAAGUUUAGCACAACACUUGGUUUACUUUCUUUCUGGAGAAUAUUCACUUCGUAUUUCAGCAGGUCUGGAUGUAUCUAAUGCAGACAUAAAUCGUUUACUUAAAAAGGUCCGUCUUUUAAACGAGUACCAAAAGGAAGCUCCUUCUUCCUGGAUUCGUCAUCCUGAAAAGUAUAUGGAAGAAAUAGUGGAGAGUACCUUGUCACUGUUGUCAGUAAAACACGAUCCUUAUUAUCCUGACUUUCAAGACUUUUUGAGUCCAGUCUACUUCUUGGCUCUGCUAGAUAUCAAAGCUGUAUGGUUUAAAAAGUGGACGCAUGCGUAUUACAGCAGAACAGUGGUACUUACUUUGGAAAAGAAAUAUAAAUCUUUGAUUAACGCAGCUGUCCAGCAAUGUUUUGAUUAUUUUGAAUUUUGCAAGGCAGCAGUUAAUACAACUUCUAGAGUCAGUGACUUUUCCCAGCAGUAUUCUAGUGAUAAGCAGAAAUUUUCUUACACUGGACCAGAAUUGCAGUAUGUCUAUUUUGUUCAUUCGCUGUGCCUUUUAGGCAGAUUGUUGAUCUAUAAGCAAGGCCGAAGUCUCUUUCCAGUACAGCUGAAAAAUAAAAAAGAUUGUGUAUCCCUAACCGAUCUGUUGGUGUUAUUUACUCAGCUUAUUUAUUGCUCUCCAAGUUAUUCAAAGACAACUUUGGCAGUGCAUACAGACAAUUAUUCUCCAGCAAGUCUUGUUAUGGAGAUUCUGCAAGUUUUUUGUGAUCAACCAGGUUGUGCUGCUGAAUGUUUAUAUACAGAUGCAGUGAUAGAUGCCCUACUUCAUCCCAUUCAAAGUUUACUGAGUGGUACAGAGGUCUAUAUAAAUUGCCUUGAAACCACUUAAUGAUGUAGCUGAUAUUUGGCAAGGUUUGCUGCUGUAGAAGAAGGUCUUUCUAUUCUUCUUUAUGGAGGAAAUAAAAACGCUGCGAAAGAAGAUAGUCCUACAGCUGUUCAUGUAAUUGUUCAGUUUACAAAGAAACUUCUUCAUGACGACGUUUCUCUUUUAUCUGGAUCCGAGCUUUUGCCAGUUGUUAAAGGAGCUUAUUUUGUAUGUCGUCAGAUGUACAGAACAUGUGAAGGCCUGCAGAUGCUAAUUCCUUAUGGCUUGCAUGAAUCUAUUGGAGAGGCCUGGAAAAAGAUGAGCUUGCUUUCAGAAAGAGUACCCACUCCUGUAACCGGUGCAGACUCUACUUCAUCAAUAAGUCUAGAGUCAAAAAAUGUUUUAUUAUGGGAAGAAACUUUGCUAGAUGCCUUGUUAAAUUUUUCUGCCACACCGAAAGGACUUUUUCUGCUUCAUAGUACAGGGGCCAUGAAUGACUGUGUGAGCUUUAUGUUCAACAGUUUAUCAAAAAAACUCCAGACAAACAAAUGUGAAGAGUUUGGUAAUGGAGUGAUUAUUGCACAACUGGCAACAACACCAACAGGUGCAGUAGCUGUACAGAGUUCAGGGUUUAUAAAGGCCCUUGUAACUGAAUUAUGGACUCUUUUGGAGUGCGGAAAAGAUGAUGUGAGGAUAACUCAACCCAAAUCUACUCCAGUUGACCCUAUUGACCAAAGCUGUCAGAAGUCUUUUCUGUCUCUGAUAAACUUGCUCACUUAUCCUGCAGUUCUUGAGCUCCUGAGUAAACAGGAUAUACCAAAUAAACCAAUGUAUUCACUCCGUGAAGUACCUACAGAUAUUAUUGAUAUCAUUGACAGGCUUAUUAUUUUGAAUUCAGAAGCUAAAAUUCAUUCCUUAUUCAGUUAUGAACAAUCACAUAUCUUUGGUUUGAGGUUGUUAAAUGUGCUUUGCUGUGAGCUUAAUACCCUUUUGUUCUUGGAGACUCGCUAUAAAGUGUCACAAGUUUUACUAACUGCUCAGGAAGAAAAUGUCACAGAAACUUCAGAAGGACCAGGAGAUAUUAUAAUUGAUGGCCUAUCAGUUGAGAGAAACCAUGUUCUUGUUAGGGUAUAUCUUAUUGGAGGACCACAGGAAAGGAUUUUGCCUCAGAGAGUACUAGAUAAGGGCAGUGAUCCAUAUCCUUGGCCAAUGUUUUCAUCGUUCCCUUUGCCAAAGUGCUAUCUUGCAGAAAUUCCUAGGAAAGCUGAAUUCAGACAAGAUAAAGACCUUGACAAGCUGUUAUCACUCUUAAAAAAUCCAGAUAAACAAAGUGGGUGGGCAGAUAUUUGUAGAAGACAGUUCUGCAAAGUCAUGAAAGCCAGACCGGAUAUGAUCAGUGGAACAAUUUUGGCAGAAUUAAUUGAAAAGUUCGUGUCACAUCUUUCUGAAAGCCGAUCAGAUUGUUAUUUCAGCAUGGAAAGCUAUAAAGCCAUGGAUGCAGAUGUGAAGAAGGAAAGCCUUUCAUCUGUGCAGCAGCUUGGUGUUGAAAUGACAGUCAGAUAUGGAAAAUACCUGAACUUGCUAAAAGAACAUGCUGAAAAUGAUCUGUUCUUCAUCUUAAUGAAUUGUGAGCAAUUUCUGAAACAACAGCAGACAACUGUGGCAUCCUCACUUCACUGCUUGCAGGGACGCUAUGCUGGCUAUGACUGGUUUGCAUCUUCUGUGUUCCUCAUAAUGUCCGGGGACAGGGAGAAGACUCUAACGUUUCUUCAGCAAUUUUCUCGUCUUCUUGUUUCUGCAUUUCUCUGGCUACCAAGACUGCAUGUGUCUGUGCACCUGCCUAUUAGCACAGUGGAAUCUGGCAUCCAUCCAGUCUAUUUCUGCAGUGCACACUAUGUUGAGAUGUUGAUGAAAGCUGAGUUACCACUUGUCUCCUCUGCCUUCCAUAUGGCUGGUUUUGCUCCGUCCCAGAUUUGUCUGCAAUGGAUAACUCAGUGUUUCUGGAAUUAUAUGGACUGGAGUGAGAUCUGUCAUUACAUUGCUACAUGUAUUUUCCUUGGUCCUGAUUAUCAGGUAUAUAUGUGUAUUUCUGUGUUCAGACACCUACAGCAAGACAUCCUGAAGCAUACUGAAGCCCAAGAUCUUCAGGUUUUUCUUAAAGAAGAAGCACUCCAUGGAUUUCGAGUGAGUGAUUAUCUAGAAUACAUGGAAAGCCUGGAGCUGAUCUACAGACCAGCGCUGCUGAAAGACAUGAAGAACAUCAGAGUACAGAAUACAUAGAUCAAGCAAGAUAGAUUUUUCCCAGUUUUGGUUACAUUAUUUAAAAGAAUACUGAUUAUUUGAUACAUCAAUCUGCACUAAUACAAGUCAGGCUGUGUAAAUGUAUAUACUGUAAAAUAAAUAAGGAGGUUUUUCAGAAUAUAGUUUUUGCAAAAGGACUUCAUUUAAAUUGGAUGACUUAGAGUAAUCACAUUUUCCCAGACAGGCUAUAUGCAUAGCCUCAUUUUUAUUUGAGAGAAAGCCGCUUCAGAAAUCACCUGUAGAUUGUUGGAAGUGUCUUCCUUAAAAUGCGUAGAACUUGCUUCCAAAUCAAUUCAUUAUUGUCAUAUCCUUGUAGCACAGUCCUAAAAACUUCAUGUAUUGUAAAGGUCUAACAAAGUGAUUUUUCUUAGAAGCAACUGUUAGUAUGUAUUCAUAUGCAUGAGAACUGAACAAAUGAAAAAUAAAUUCUCUGUACACAGCCGUUCUGACUCUGUGGAUAAGGUUGAGAAAAGAGUGAUCAAAUGCAUGCAAUGAAACAAGACUGAUAUUCCCUUUUUUUUUAAUAAAUCAUUUUAUGUC